AUGGAUUUUCAAAACCGUGUCGGCUCCAAGUUCGGUGGAGGUGGUGUCGCUGGGGCUUCGGAGACCAACGUGGACAGGCGUGAACGUUUGCGCAAACUUGCGCUCGAGACGAUUGAUCUUGCCAAAGAUCCUUAUAUCUUAAGGAAUCACUUGGGUGGCCUCGAAUGUCGUCUCUGUCUGACGCUUCAUACCAACGAAGGUUCAUACCUGGCUCACACUCAGGGAAAGAAGCAUCAGACCAAUCUUGCUCGUCGUGCGGCUCGCGAUGCUAAGGACACGCAGUUGAUGAUUGCUCCAACUCAAAGCAAUGUACAACGCAAAGUAUUCCUCAAAAUAGGACGCCCAGGAUACCGAGUGACAAAAGUGCGGGACAAAGAUACUGGCAAAGAAGGUAUGAUGGUUCAGGUCCACCUUCCUCAGAUCAAAGCGGACGUCAUCCCUCGCCGACGAUUUAUGAGCGCUUGGGAGCAAAAGAGGGAGCCUCCGAACAAGGCAUACCAGUAUCUAAUCGUGGCUGCUGAGCCGUACGAGACCAUUGCUUUCCGCAUUCCUGCGCGUGAGAUAGAAGACGAAGCUGACGAUGCCGGAUAUUGGAACUGGUCAUAUUGGGAUCCUGAUACGAAACAGUAUAGCUUCCAGUUCAUGUUCCGUUUGACUUAUUAA